GCUCAAAGUCAGAGUGAUGUCAGAGAUUUCCCCAGCGGAUGGGUUUGAGUUACAGUGAGUACAGCCUUGUCCAGGUCAUAGCUGCCCUGACCAUGUUCCUCCAUCUCUAAUAACUAAGGAAGUAGACAGAGCUUCACUUUUUUUUUUUUUAAACCAGGAAUCCUAGCCAGAGAAGAAAAGGUGGGUGCCCAUGGGGCAGGGCCAAGAUGCAAAGCCUGGGGGUUUCCGGUGUGCUGAGUCAACCAGGGAGGAAGAACCCACCAGCUGGGCGAGGGCUGCAGUGGAGCUGCAGGUGCUGGUCCCUCAGGCAGCCCCCAGAGCUCAUCUCUCCUGUCCCCAGGUCCCCCUUCCCUGCUUUAGAGGAUGAGGCCAUCAGUGCCUUCAGCCCCACUAGCCCUCUGGGUCUUGGGGUGCUUCUCCCUGCUCCUCUGGCUGUGGGCACUGUGCACAGCCUGCCACAGGUAUGUGCCUGGGGCUGUGUCUGCCCUCUCCACGUAUGGCUCUGCAUGUGUGUCUACACUGGGCCUGGGCCAGGACCUUCCUCUGCCCACUGGACUAACGGCACUCUUGCCCCUAGGAAGCGGGCUCAGAGGCAACAAACUGGGCUGCAGGGCAGUUUGAUACCAGUGGAAAUGUCACUACUGAGACAGGCCCACGUCCGCUCCCUCAGCAAGUCUGACACCAGAUUGCAUGAGCUUCGCCCAGGCCUACGCUGCAGCAUAGCCCCACGGCCUGCUAGCAUGGAUCUCCUGCAUCCACACUGGCUGGAGGUAUCCAGGGGCAGCACCAGGUCUCAGGUAACUCCCUCUGCCUUCCCACCUCGGCAGCUGCCCAGGGCCCCUCCUGCUGCCCCUGCAACUAGCCCUGAGGCCACUUACUCCAAUGUCAGACUGGCUGCAAUUCCCAGGGCCAGCCUGGCUGCCAGCCCUGUGGUGUGGGCUGGAACACAGCUGACCAUUAGCUGUGCCAAGCUUGGGCCUGGGGCCGAGUAUGCCUGCAUCCAGAAGCGCAAAGAGACAGAACAGGGCUACCACGAAUUGCAGGAGAAGGCUAAGGUGUUGCCAGCUACUCAGAUGGAUCUUCUGUACUCCAGGGUCUGCAAGCCUAAAAGGAGAGACCCAAGACCUGGCACAGAUCAGCCGGAUCCCCAGGGUGGGAGAGGAAUUGUGGCCCCUGGGGGUGAUGUGGAAUAUGAGGCCAUCACUCUCAGGGGCCAGGAUAUGAACCAAGAUCCCUUAGAAAACGUGUAUGAAAGCAUCAGGGAGAUGGGCCCCUGAGCAUCUGCACCUCACAUCCUGUUUAUUAACACGCGUUGACGCAGUAAGGGUACCAAGGUACCAAGGUUUGAUUGUAGAUCCUCCUGUGCCCUUCCACCCCCCACCACAGCUCACAGCACAACAGCACAAA